AUGGAACAAAUUUACAAUACACGUUCGAUAAUGCAGAAACUAAUCGAGUGCAAUUACUCAGUUAUUAAUAAUAAAACGGCAAGUUUGCGUUGGAUUAUAUUUUGCGCUUUAAGCUUAAUAAACGCUGUAAGUUGCAGUGAAAAACUUUUCACGAAGGAUGAAUGUGAGAAUAAUCCUAUGCAAUUGCUUCAAAAUGAAAAGUUACUUAACUUUCAAAAGCUUGAAAAUGAACUUUUGGAGAAACGAAAGGAAUUGGAUGCACAAUUACAUAUUUUAUAUUUAGAAAAUCAGAAGUUAGAAAGGGUGCUUAACGAUAAUAUAGAUUUUAUAACAAAUAUUGAUUCUCAACUUGAGCAUGAUGUUCCUUCAUAUUGUGUGAAUUGUAUCGGGGAAAGCUUCGAAGGAAAAUCGAAAAAUUCCCUAAGUUCAGAAUAUUCUAGAGAUAGGAAAGAUGAAUUUGAUUCAUAUAUGCAAUCAGCGGAAGAUCAAACACCUCAACUUAGUGAUCAUAAAAGACUAGAGUCAAUUAAACACCAAAUACUUUUGAAGCUUGGACUGAAAAAUAAACCAAAUAUUUCAACAAGCAUUCCAAAGCAGUUAAUUUUUGAUGCCCUCCAACGAAGUAGUGGAUUAUCUGGAAAUCUCAAGGAUAAUUUAACUUAUAAAUCGACAAAUCAUAGAGAUCAUUUUCAAACUCUUGAGAAAAGUGUUGACACAAGAGAUCGCGGCGACGAUAAUAAAGAAUUUAUGGAAUCAUUAACUGAAGAUGAUCAGGAAGUGGAUGACUUUUAUGGGCACACUAGGGAAAUUAUAACAUUUGGCGAAAGAGGUUCAUCUGUAAAUGGACAUCACCUUAUUGAGUUUUCCACGUCAAUUGAUAAGCAGGCUGAUCUUAAACUUUCUUCAUUAAAAAUUAGAGAAGCCACUUUGUGGAUUAUGGUUGAAACAUCAAAUACAGUACCUUGGCACAACAGAAAACAGAGGAAAGAUUUUCUGAAGCUAAAUCAAAUGUACUUGGAGAAAAGCUUCGACUUUUCAACCUAUGCUAACGUUCCCUUAAUAAAGAAUACGAAAAUGAAGAAUAUAGUUAAGAAACGAAAGCGGAAAAAAAGAGAAAAAUCCGGCAUUCGUUUUGUUAACAUAAGAAACAAUAGUGCUAAUCAUAUCAAUUUCGAUAACCAUAAUGAUGAUCAUAUCAUUAAAAAUAGUUACAAUAAGAGCAUAAAGCGUAAAUUAAAUCAAGUUAAUCUAGCAUUUGACAAAAGCUUCAAUUAUACUUCAGAUAGUCAUGAAAUGAAGCCCACAAUUUGGGUGUUCAGCAUAAAGAGCAAUGACUUCAAUGGUGCCGUUCCUGAUCAGGAAUUUGAUGAGAAUGCACAUCUCAUUGUGUCAAAAACCAUUGCAGUCAGAGGUGUUGGAUGGCAAAAAAUUGAUAUCACAAGUCAGGCCUUGGGUUGGGAUGAUUGGAUUAUUGCACCAUUAGGAUAUUAUGCAAAUUAUUGCAGCGGAAGUUGUGGCGGAAGUUUAAGCAGAAGUCCCGAUACUUUCCUUACAUAUUAUUCACAUGUUUUUCACGAAGUCCGGAAAUAUAAUAAACUAAAUGGAAACCAACUUUGUUGUGCACCUCUUAAGUUUUCAAGUAUGUCUCUUAUAUAUUUGGGACCUGACUCAAGAGUCAUUAAACGGGAUUUACCAAAAAUGGUUGUUGAUGAAUGCGGAUGUCCAUAA